AUGACCCAAGUGGCGCCUUCGACCGCAAGGAACGACGUGACGGUGGUGAUCUACACCCCGAAAGACGACGCCAACUCGGCCAUGCCGCUGGACCGAAGCUCCACCCACAAAACGCUCACCAGGCACAAGGUCAUGUACGCGCUGCUGGCCGUCGCCCUCGUCUACGGCCUCGUGGCUGCCGCCGCGUUCUUCGGCAACUGGUUCACGCUGCUCCUGGAGCCCCAUGGACUCAACUCUAAGUUAAAGAAGAAGAAGACUGUUUCAUAUGAAUACUCUCGAUGGACUUGCAGAUUAUGUAGUGUUUGUGCGCCACCACGGGAAGGAGACGAAGGCAAAGAGCGCUGUGCUGUAGGAGCUCGAGAACCGCACGCGGAGCGAGAUUUGAUUAAUCGGUGCGGUUCGGCAGUCUUCACCUUCAACGGAAGACCCCACUCUCGAAUCUGCGAGCUCCAGCGCAAGCGCCGAGACCCAUCCAGAACAGUGCAGUCCCGCACUAUGAGCUAUCGCAUUGCGCCCGAAGCUGUGAUCGUGGCCAUUGAGAGUGACAAGGCCAACGAGAAGGACGGACACGACACAACUCGAGUGCGGGCAACUCUGAGCAGCGUUUUUCAGGUGGUCGCUGAGCCCUCCUUUGCCGAUGCCUUCCGCAGCCAUCCUCGCGAAUCUCUACUAUCGUGGCUUGUCUUUCAUGACACGGACCUUCCGCCGUUGCCCUCAGUGAGGGUGAAGGCCCCUCACCUCAAUAGCGAAUCUUCCCACUGCAGCUCACGACUCACAGCUCACUUUCACACUAAGCAGCCAGCAAGCCAGCCAGCCAACGCGAUGGUUUCCUCCCAAGUGCUGCCCCUGCCCGCGUCGAACGAGGUGACGGUGGCCAUCACCACCGACGACACGCCGAAGGCCAACGAGGAGUUCCAGCUACGAACGCUCAAGCGGACGCUCGCCCUCGCCACCUACUACACGGUCGUGUCGCUGGCUGCUCUCCUCGUUCUCAGGAUCGCCUUCAAGUUCAUCAGCGACGGCUUCGUGCUUCUCCUGGCUGUGACUUGCCACUGA